GUCUGCUGAAACCGAAAGUGUUGUGCGUUGGGCGCCCGCGCGGAGGUUGGUUCACCUCUACCUGUGUGAGUCGUAGUUGACCCUGGGAAGCAGACAAGCUGUAAAACAUGAACGGAAGGGUGGAUUAUUUGGUCACCGAGGAAGAGAUAAAUCUUACCCGAGGACCCUCAGGGCUGGGCUUCAACAUCGUCGGUGGGACAGAUCAGCAGUAUGUCUCCAACGACAGUGGCAUCUACGUCAGCCGCAUCAAAGAGAAUGGGGCUGCGGCCCUGGAUGGGCGGCUCCAGGAGGGUGAUAAGAUCCUCUCGGUGAAUGGCCAAGACUUAAAGAACCUGCUGCACCAGGAUGCUGUAGACCUCUUCCGUAACGCCGGCUAUGCCGUGUCCCUGAGGGUGCAGCACAGGUUGCUGAUUGUUGGAGGUUCCUUUGGUCUUCGUGAGUUUUCACAAAUCCGUUAUGAUGCUGUGAAGAUUAAAAUUGAUCCUGAAUUAGAAAAAAAACUGAAAAUGAAUAAAAUAUCGUUGGAAUCAGAGUAUGAGAAAAUAAAGGACUCUGCUUUUGAUGACUGGAAGAAUAUUCGAGGACCCAGGCCUUGGGAAGAUCCUGACUUCCUCCAAGGACGAAAUCCAGAAAUCCUUAAGACUAAGACAACUUGACUAUGCUGAUCCUUUUUUUCUUUUUUUUAACAAAAGUGUUCUCAACUGGAAUUCCCAUUACAUGCUCCUAUCAUGUAAGGAUGGGAAGUAAAAUGGGAAGAAAAUUUCAGACCUGCAGAAGCCUGGAUGUGAGUAAUUUGAUGUCAGAUGAUCUUGAUAAAAAGUCAAGUACUGGUUUUUAUACGUCCCAACUUUUCCAUUUGCAAAUGAAAAUAAUGAUGUUGACUACAUAUACUUUAUACUGCUGAAUAAAAACGUGAAUACUGCUA